AUGAACGCUGGAGGCGGCACCAGCACGCUUGGCGGCGGGUGCCCGAGCGGCAGCGGCAGCGGAGGCCCUGGACCUGGAGGAAGCGGCGGCGGCGGGCCCUGCGGCGCCUGCAAGUUCCUCCGGCGCAAGUGCGUAAGCGGCUGCAUCUUCGCGCCCUACUUCGACUCGGAGCAGGGCGCCGCGCACUUCGCGGCGGUGCACAAGGUGUUCGGCGCCAGCAACGUGUCCAAGCUGCUGCUCCAGAUCCCGGCGCACAAGCGCCUCGACGCCGUCGUCACCAUCUGCUACGAGGCCCAGGCUCGGCUCCGCGACCCCGUCUACGGCUGCGUCGCCCACAUCUUCGCGCUCCAGCAGCAGGUGGUGAAUCUCCAGGCCGAGCUGACCUACCUGCAAGCACACCUCGCCACGCUGGAGCUGCCGUCCCCGCCUCCGCUGCCGGCCCCGCCGCAGAUGCCGCUGCCACCAGGCCCGUUCUCCAUCUCGGACCUGCCGUCGUCGACCAGCGUCCCCACCACCGUCGACCUGUCCGCGCUCUUCGACCCGCCGCCGCAGCCACCGCAGUGGGCGGUCCAGUCGGCGCAGCCGCACCACCACCACCACCACCAUCAGCCGCAACAGCAGUACCACCAGCUCCGGCAACCGGGGCCGUAUGGCGCGCCCGUCAGGCCGGGCGGCGGCCCCGGCAUGGCAGAAAGCUCAGGCGGCGGCGGCGGCGGCGGAGACGACCUGCAGUCGCUGGCGGGGGAGCUCCUGGACCGCCACCGGUCAGGCGGCGUGAAGCUCGAGCAGCCGCCACCGCCACACUCAAGAUGA